AUGGAUAACCAGCCUUGUUUUCAUGAUGGCAGUAGUUCUAUAUCAGGAAACAGCUUCAAUUGCAACUGUUCAGAUGGAUAUUCUGGAAAAUUUUGUGAAGUAACACCAUGUUCAAACAACCCAUGUCUUCACAACGGUAACUGCUCUGUGGCAAGCAGUAACUUCACCUGCAGUUGCCCUGCGGGAUAUUUUGGAGACUCAUGUGAAGUAACGCCAUGCAUAAGUAGUCCUUGUCAAAACUCGGGAACAUGUUUCAGUGUGGAUGGAACUUAUGCAUGUGCAUGUCAGACAGGAUAUUCAGGCACACGUUGUGAAGUUACACCUUGCAGUGGAAACAUCUGUUUGAACCAGGGAACUUGUUCCAUUGUAAAUAGUUUAUUUAGAUGUACGUGCAAGUCUGGGUUUUCAGGAAGAUAUUGUUUAGUGACUCCCUGCACAUCAAACCCUUGUCGAUGUGGAACAUGUUCUGUAUCAGGUGGUAGUUAUGCAUGCAGUUGUCCAUCUGGACUCCAGGGCAAUCGAUGUGAAGGUGGUGUUCAGAGUCCAGAUGAAGCUCCAAUGAAAGAAAAGAUGAUAUAUGCAUCCAGUAAAGACGCUGUAAAAAAGAAAUUACAGGCUAUAAAAAUAGAAGUGCAAGCAAAUGACCUGGGUGAUUUAGACGAGGCAGAUAUUGAAGCUAAAUUGAAAACAAUUUAG